CUUUCGGAAGUGGCCGGCGGGGCCGGGCCGGAGCCUGCGCAGUGCCGCCGCCGCCGCUCGGCUCCCGCUGCCGCUCCCUCUCCCUCCGGUGCCCAGCCCGGCGGCAGCGCAGCGGCGGCGGCCGGGGGCGGCGGCGGCGGCGCGGAUGCCCGGCCCGCUCCAUCCAGGAGGCGGCAGGGACAUAAGCCAGGGGGUCUCACAGCUCACCCGCGGGCUGGGAGGAGCUGAGAGCGGCAGAACGGCCCCCGAAACACGACCCAACGCCGUCCACCGUGUAUGAGGCUGGGACACAGUACGCAGGACCCGCGUCCACAGAGUCACUCCUUCCGAUGUCCCGGCAUGAGACUUCUCCGACAACGGUGCAACCCGCCAGCAACCACCGCCCCAACGCCUGCUGCUUCUGCUGGUGCUGCUGCUGCAGCUGCUCGUGGAACGAGGACCGAGAGCGAGCAUGGAGGGCAUCCCGGGAGACCAAACUGGAGAAUAUCCCAAACUGUGAAGCGUGUGCCAAACCCACGCCGGAGGAGGUGCAGGGCUGGGCACAGUCCUUCGACAAGCUGAUGAAGAGCCCGGCGGGGCGCAACGUCUUCCGGGAGUUUUUGCGGACUGAGUACAGCGAGGAGAACAUGCUCUUCUGGCUGGCAUGUGAGGAGCUCAAAACCGAGUGCAACAAGCACACCAUCGACGAGAAGGCCAGGAUGAUCUACGAGGAUUACAUCUCCAUCCUCUCUCCCAAGGAGGUGAGCCUGGACUCGCGGGUGCGGGAGGUCAUCAACCGGAAGAUGCAGGAGCCGUCCUCGCACACCUUCGACGACGCACAGCUCCAGAUCUACACGCUGAUGCACAGAGACUCCUAUCCCCGCUUCCUGAACUCUGCCAUUUACAAAUCGCUGCUCCAGACCGUCUCCCACUCCUCCUCGGAGUCCUAAGGGCACCCACUAGCCGUGGGGACACCAGUGGGGACAUGGUGGCCAGAGGCGGUCGGUGCCUCCUCCCCUCUGCCACCCACCUUGCCAGACCUCACCAAGUUUUUAGCUUUUUACCUAUGAACUGUCAGCCCGGGGUCUGGGCCACACUCCAGGACUGUCCCCAGGACACAGCCUGGGCCAGUUCAUACUACUGAUUCUCUGCCCUGUCCCCAGUGCUGGCCAGAGCGAGCUGGGGGAGCACGGGACAGCGCCCAGGGCCUGGCUCCCCACACCCCGUUUGGAAGAGAUCACUUUAUCCCAUCUCCACCACACCUGGGGACACGGCCCGUCCCCAUUUGCCACCUGAGACCCAGUUGGGGACUGGGUUGGGGUUUUUUGAGGUGGGGGUGGAAGUCAACUGUUGUUGGUUUGGGUUUGUUUUUUUAAUUUUAAAUGCUCUUUUGGUUGGCUUUUACUGGGGGACUUGAGGUGUGGGAGGGGGGUGUUGAUGAGCAUCUCUGUACAUAUAAAAACUUGUCAGGUUUACCUGGUUCCAGCUGUUUGAGGUGGCCCAAAGGGCAGGGGGGUGGUGCUAGAGGCUGUUUGUAUUCCCAGUGGAUGCAGAUGGGGCAGAGGGCAGAGCUCUGAGGUGCCAUAAGGGACCAUGGGGACGUGCUGGGGGGGGUGGGCAGAUGUCUUACAGCCGCCUCCCCUGCCAGUCCCCAUGACACAUCAGCCCUGCUUCAGCCACAGGACACCGCACACUGUCACCCCAAACCCAGAGCACCCUCCAUCCUUGCUUCAUGGACCUCAGAGAGGGGGAAAACACCUGUGCAGGUGGUGUUGCCCUCCUGCAGAACCCACAGGCACCAGGAUGCCUGCAUGAGAGCUCCCAGCUGGCCCAGAGCUGCUGUGCCAGGCCCAGGGGUCUGCCCUGGUCUCUCACUGAGCAGGGACCUGGGCUCCACAGGAUGGGAAGUGUCACAGGGAGGAGACAGAAUUCCCAUGUUUUUAGACAGCACAAGGAAUUAUUUACUGAAGGCUCAGUAUCCAGGAUUAAAACAUGUCUGUCCCUGCCCUUCACAGUGAAACAAAGCCAACACAAGGGUUUUGCUGCCAGUCUUUGCUUCUCCUGAUCCACCACAGCAGUUUCUUAUUUAUCCAUCCCUUCCCCUCCUCUCUUCAGCCCUUCCAAAAGAAAAAAGUGCUUUUUAUUGAACGUAUUUUUUAAACAAA